AUGAAUACCAAAACAGCUCAUCAAACUGCUAUUUCUUCAUUCAAUUCCAAUCAUUCAGAAUAUGACAUCUUUAGACCAACAUUUACACCAAUUUUAGUCAAUCCAUUUUUAGCUCAAUUAGGUUUAGGAUCUCAAAAAAAUGAUACAUUUAUAUUUGAUAAUGAUAAAAGAAUAGUUGAAGUUGCCUGUGGUACUGGAAAAUUCACAAAAAAUUUAGUGGAUAAUGGAUGGAAGGAUAAUUUAUUAGUUGUUGAACCAAGUAAAGGAAUGCUUGAAACUUUUUCUAAAAACUUCCCACAAAUUAAAGUUGAAAAUAAGAUACUAGCAUCAAGUUAUGAUAUUCCAGUGAAAGAUUCUUCAGUUGAUGCAAUUAUAAUAGCUCAAGGUUUUCAUUGGUUUGCUGAUGAAGAAGCAUUAAAAGAAUUAAAUAGAAUUUUAAAACCAAAUGGUAAGUUGGGACUCAUAUGGAAUUUAGAUUUAACUUCACCUUCUCAAGAUAAUCUAGUCAAAGAUUCCAAGUUUUUUAACGCAGGUACUCAAUAUUACGAUAAAUUGAAUUUUAAUGUUAAAAAUGAUCAACAAGUUUUCGAGCAAUUUUUCCAAAUCCAAAAAUGGAAUGAAGAAGUAACUAAAUAUAUUUACUCAUUUGAUUUGAAUGUUCCACAAUAUAGACAUGGGAAAUGGAGAGAAGUUUUGAAACAAGAUAACAAAUAUUUUGACACAGAGAUAUUAGAUCUGUUUGCAUUAUAUGAUAAAUUAAUUAAACCUAUAGAUGUUUGGAAAUAUUGGGAGACAAGAUCAUAUAUAACGGAUCUCGAACCAAUGAAAAAAGAAGAAAUAAAGAAACAUAUAGAUGAGCUUCUAAAAGAGUAUGUCGAUAAUUCAAGUUAUCAAGUUGAUAAAUUAAUCAAACCAAUGGCUACACAUUCAGUUGUCAUAAACGUGAAAAAAUAA